GUCAACAUCAUGGAAAAGCUGCAGCUACCUGCCAGCUACUUGCAGUGGCGUCAGGAGCCUUACUCUACAGCUCGUUGGCUCUAACGGCUUUGGUGGAGAAAAAAAAUUAGGAAACAGAAUUCCCGCUUGAUGUCGUGAUCACCGGAAAACACUCAAGAACCCCCGGAGCAUCCCCCACCUCAGCUGCCGCUAUUUCCCCACCGCUUAUUGAUCGUCUACAUUACAAAACUCUGUCUCUCAUUUGCGCGGCCCCCUCCGCUCUCUUUCUCAUAUCCUCUCUCUCUCAAUCCUACAUAUCCCCCCGCCUUUUGCUUGAACCUUCACAUUGCUGCCAGGAUACCACGCAAUGGCUGCAGCUACCGUCUCUCUGAAGACCCCCGAGGAGGCCGUUGCACGGAUUGCGUACCUGUCCAGUGAUGUGGUCAUUUCAGUACAACCGUCGCUGAGUGCGGCCUCGGCAUACUCGUCAAAACUUGCGGAAUUGGUGUCGAGUAACACCAAGGGCGCGCUCUCACAGCAGACACCAGAGGUGCAAACCGUCCGCCAGAAUGCCGACCCGUUACUCUCUGUACACCAGCCCGCACGGUCGGGGAAGCUCGUCUCCGUUACCACCACAUCCAAUACUCUGAUCUCAUCGAUACCCCACCUCUACAAGCUCCUCAACUACCCCAUUGUCAUCCAUGUGUCGAUGCAACCGGCCGAAUACCCCGACUACUCGGAGAUCACCUCGAUCCGACAGACCGGAUUGAUUCUUCUGCAGUCCGAGACGACGCAGGAGGCACAGGACAUGGCCGUGGCCGCCCACGCCCUGGCGCUCAAGUCUGGAAAGGCCGUGAUCCACUUCUUUGCCGCGAGUGAGAAGACUGAGGUGGCUGUUGAGGAUCCGGUGUUGUUGGAGCGCGCGCUGGAUCGUGCCGCCGCAGAAGGUGUCCGGGCCAAGACAGUAGACUCGGUGAACCUGUAUGCCGACGACGGUGUGCGGGCCCAGACUCUCCAAGUUGGUGAUUCGGCGCCGGCUAUCCCGUCGAGCGGGCUGAUCCCUCCUAUCGGUGAGCCUGUUUCCCUCGGUGGAAGCAGUGUACCCAGCACCGCCGGGGACAGCACACAUGCUUCGGUUACCUCCGCUAGUUCGAUCGAUGUCCCAGUCACCUCGCGUGACGUCACCUCCGACGACAUCUUCAACCACAUAAACAACAUCUUCACCGUAAUCAAGCAGGUCACCGGCCGAUCAUACAGCGUAUUCGAAUACACUGGUCCUCAGCACGCCGACCUCGCUCUCUUCGUUUUCGGUUCCACCACCUCUCUGUUCCGCAACGUCUUGAAGAAGGCCGGUUCCGGAGAGUACGACAAAGUCGGCAUCAUCUCGGCCCGUCUUUACCGACCAUGGUUUGGCGCCCAGCUGCCCAACGUCCUUCCCAAGGCCGUCACCAAGAUUGCCGUUUUGGAGCAGAUUCACAGACAGACAACCAAGUGGGGUCCAUUGUUCUUGGACCUCCUCACCUGCCUGCGAACUGGCCCCAGCGUCCAAGGUGCCCCCUCGGUUGUUGCCCACAAACUCGGCUACAUCAGCGCCGAGACCGCGGCCCAGGCGCUGCGUGGUGUCAUGCAGAACCUUCGAUCGGAAUCCCCCGUCCAGAACCUGUCGGUGGGCUUGGAGAAUGGGCCUGCUGAGACUACCGAGACGUCUGAGCAACCGGGUGUAGAGUCCGCUUACAUGAAGAUUCUCGCCCAGCUUUUCGGUCAGAGACUUCACAUUGCCAACUCCCUUGACCGACCCAACGCCGGUAUCUCUACCACCGUCGCCGCCUCCCCCGAGUACGGAUAUGGUUCGCUUCUGGCCAGGAUUGAGCAGCGCAAGGCGUUAGUAGACAAGGCGGAGAAAUUGGCCAAGUCUAGCAGCUUUGCCACUCCUGCCUCCACCGAGAUCUUGUCGAAGUGGUUGUUGGUUGCCGACGACGAGACCAAGAGCGCCGAGAUCUCUGAUGAGCUCAUCCAGCAGCUUGAGAAGGAUGGUUCCGCCGCGGCGAAGACUCUGCUCGAGAGCAAGAGUCUCUUCCGCAAGGAGUCCCCCUGGUUGAUUGGAUCCGAUGCCUGGGCCUACGAUCUUGGUAACUCCGGUGUCCACCACGUUAUCGCCUCCGGCAAGAACAUCAACAUGCUCGUCAUUGACAGCACCCCCUACUCCCAGCGCGGCGCCGCCGAUGCUUCCCGACGGAAGAAGGAUAUCGGUCUGUACGCUAUGAACUUCGGUAACGCUUACGUUGCUUCGGUUGCUGUUUACAGCUCGUACACCGGUGUGCUGCAUGCCAUGAUGGAGGCCGACAAGUUCAAUGGUCCCUCGGUGGUGCUGGCGUACCUGCCCUACGACAAGGAAGACGACUCCGCUCUGACUGUCAUGCGCGAGACUAAGAAGGCCGUUGAUAUCGGAUACUGGCCUUUGUACCGCUACGAUCCCUUCGGCGACGAGAAGGGUGGACAGAACUUUACUCUGGAGUCCGAGAGGAUCAAGAAGGAGCUCAAGGACUUCCUUGACCGCGAGAACCACCUCACCCAGCUGGUCAAGCGCAACCCGACUCUUGCUAAGAGCAUCUCCCAGUCCUACGGAAAGGAGGUUCGCCACCAGCAGAAGCGCAACGCGAAGGAUGCGUUUGCCAAGCUUCUCGAGGGUCUCUCCGGUCCUCCCCUCACUAUUCUCUACGCUUCUGAUGGAGGCAAUGCCGAGAACGUUUCAAAGAGGCUAGGACGCCGUGGUAAAGCUCGUGGUCUCAAGACCCUGGUCAUGGCCAUGGAGGACUACCCAAUCGAGGACCUGAACAACGAGGAGAACAUCGUUUUUAUUACGGCUACGGCUGGACAGGGUGAGUUCCCCAUGAACGGACGCAGCUUGUGGGAGGCCGUGAAGGGAUCUACCGACUUGGAUCUCGCCACUGUCAACUACUCUGUCUUCGGUCUGGGAGACUCGCACUACUGGCCUCGCAAGCAGGACAGGAUCUACUACAACAAGCCUGCGAAGGAUCUCGACAGGCGUCUGCAGGAGAUCGGUGGAAAGGUUUUGAUUGAGUGUGGCCUUGGAGACGACCAGGACCCCGAUGGAUACCAGACUGGAUACUCUGAGUGGGAGUCGAAGCUUUGGCAUGCGCUUGGUGUUGACAACGUCGAGGGUCUCGCCGAUGAGCCUCCCCCAAUCACCAAUGAGGACAUGAAGAUCAAUUCCAACUUCCUCCGUGGUACCAUUGAGGAGGGCCUUGCGGAUAUGUCCACCAUGGCUAUCUCCGCCAGCGACCAGCAGCUCACCAAGUUCCACGGUACCUAUAUGCAGGACGACCGUGAUCUACGUGACGAGCGCAAGGCUCAGGGUCUGGAGCCUGCAUACUCGUUCAUGAUUCGCUGCCGGUUGCCCGGAGGAGUGUCGACUCCAAAGCAGUGGAUCCAGAUGGACGACAUCGCCAAUACCUACGGAAACCACACCAUGAAGUUGACCACCCGUCAGACCUUCCAGUUCCACGGUAUCAUCAAGACUGACCUCAAGAACUCCAUGCGUGCCAUCAACCAGGCUCUGAUGACCACCAUCGCCGCCUGCGGUGAUGUCAACCGUAACGUCAUGUGCAGCUCCCUUCCCACCCAGGCUGCCUUCCACGCCGAGGUCCAGGCCGUUGCACAGGUCAUCAGCGACCACCUCCUGCCCAACACCACCGCCUACCAUGAGAUCUGGCUCAUGGACGAGAACGAUAAGAAGGUGCAGGUUGCCGGUGACGCCGUUGUCGACCACGAGCCCCUCUACGGCCCCACCUACCUCCCCAGGAAGUUCAAGAUCACCAUUGCCGUGCCCCCGCACAACGACACCGACGUGUACGCUCACGACGUAGGUCUCAUCGCCAUCAAGGGCGAGGAUGGCAAGCUGGCUGGUUUCAACGUCCUCAUCGGUGGAGGAAUGGGAGUCACUCACAACAACACCAAGACCUACCCUCGCACUGGUAGCUCGAUCGGUUUCUCGACCGUUGACAAGGUCCACCUUGUCUGCGAGAAGGUCAUGCUGAUCCAGCGCGACCAUGGUGACCGCAAGAACCGCAAGCACGCCCGUCUGAAGUACACCGUCGACGACCUCACCGUCCCCGUGUACAAGCAGAAGGUCGAGGAACUGCUCGGCUGGCAGCUCGAGGAGGAGCGUUCCUUCCACUUCGAGAGCAACGUCGACACUUUCGGCUGGGUCAAGGACGAGACAGGUCUCAACCACUUCACCUUCUUCAUCGAGAACGGACGUAUCGAGGAUACCGCCGAGUUCCAGAUGAAGACCGGCCUCCGCGAGAUCGCAAAGGUGCACAAGGGCGAGUUCCGCCUUACCGGCAACCAGCACCUGAUCCUCUCCAACGUCGCCGACGCAGACUUGCCCGCACUCAAGGACCUCAUGGCGAAGUACAAGCUGGACAACUACCAAUUCACCGGGCUCCGCCUGUCGUCCUCCGCCUGUGUCGCCUUCCCCACCUGUGGCCUCGCCAUGGCCGAGUCGGAGCGCUACCUCCCCGUGCUGAUCUCGAAGGUCGAGGGCGUUCUCGAGGAACACGGACUGCGCCACGACUCCGUCGUGAUGCGGAUGACCGGAUGUCCUAACGGCUGUGCGCGCCCGUGGCUCGCCGAGAUCGCGUUCGUUGGAAAGGCCUUCGGUGCUUACAACAUGUACCUGGGCGGAGGCUACCACGGCCAGCGUCUCAACAAGCUGUACCGCUCGUCCAUCAAGGAGGAGGAGAUCCUCGAUAUCGUCCGCCCCCUGUUCAAGCGCUACGCACUUGAGCGUGAGGACGGCGAGCGCUUUGGUGACUUCUGCAUUCGCGUCGGCGUCAUCAAGCCCACUACCGAGGGCAAGACUUUCCAUGACGACGUCGCGGAAGAGGAUUCUGAGGAGUAGAUUGCACGCGAUGGGAGUUUUGAUUUGGAAGAUGAUGGGGAACGGGGGCGGUCGGGGUAAUUUCUUUGGGUUUUAGGUCUUUUUAGUGUAGAUAUUCUUUCGCGUCGCCUUUUCUUUUUUUUGUGUUUUUGUGUUUUUGUUUCGCUUUAUUGAUCAAUUGAGUGAGUGUACAUGCUGCAGCCGAUUGAUUGUUUGUCUACAUGAAGCUUGAUGCCUGAAGCUUGGAUGGGGAGGUAUAUGCCAGGUGGUGGAUUAGAGCUCAUCCAGCUCGGCCAGUAGUUACCCACAACCGUGAUACUGGUAUGCGGUGUUUCCGGGGGUGGUUACUGGCCACUCGACGGCUAGCGGGGGGCAGCGUAUCCAUUGCGGUCGAUUCACCCAUAUCCGUCUCCAAGAUUAUCAUUUGUA